GGACUGACUCUCUUCCUUUCCUUUUGCUCCAACGAGACUCUCUCUCGUCCUCGGCUUUCCCUCUCUCAUUCCAUUUCACCAUAGCUCGUAGGGCCAUUACCAAUUUGGCCAUAGCUUCCUUUCUCUAUCUUUCGUCAAUAACAAUUAACAAAACACUCUCACUUCUCCAAGCUUUUCUUCAAUGGCGACCCUUAAUGUUCCCGCAAGAUUGUCUUUCUUGAAACCUGAAAGGUCUAGAGCCACUGAUCGAUUGGCUUCCUCCAAGAGCCUGUGUGAUUCUACUGCGUUUCACUGUAGACCCAGAAGAAAGUAUGCUCAGAAGAAGCAAAGCUUUACUGUUAAAUCAAUUGGGAUCUUCCAGGACAGCAGCAGAGUCCAUUUUAACUCACACAAUGGUCCUGUGGGGAGCGUUGACAAGGCUGACUCAACUUUUGAACUUCAGUCUGAUAAUGAUUACCUUAUGGACCAGCCAAAGGUAUAUUCAGAUGGUAUAAGGAAAACUAAGAUAGUAUGUACAAUUGGUCCUUCAACAAGCUCACGCGAAAUGAUAUGGAAACUGGCUGAAACAGGAAUGAAUGUUGCACGUUUGAAUAUGUCACAUGGGGACCACAAGUCACACCAGAAAACCAUUGAUCUUGUCAAAGAAUACAACUCUCAAUUUGAAGACAAGGUUGUAGCCAUAAUGCUGGACACCAAGGGUCCUGAGGUUAGAAGUGGAGAUGUACCACAACCAAUUAUUCUUAAAGAGGGACAAGAGUUUAACUUUACAAUCAAAAGAGGAGUUAGCACAGUGGACACAGUUAGUGUAAACUAUGACGACUUUGUGAAUGAUGUGGAUGUUGGUGACAUUAUUCUAGUUGAUGGUGGAAUGAUGUCGUUAGCUGUGAAGUCAAAGACAAAAGAUUUGGUUAAAUGUGUGGUAGUUGAUGGCGGAGAACUAAAAUCAAGGCGCCACUUAAAUGUGCGUGGAAAAAGUGCAACUCUGCCUUCAAUAACAGAAAAGGACUGGGAAGAUAUCAAAUUUGGAGUGGACAAUGGAGUUGACUUCUAUGCUGUCUCAUUUGUAAAAAAUGCUGAGGUGGUCCAUGAGUUGAAAGAUUAUCUCAAAGGUUGCAAUGCAGAUAUUCAUGUUAUUGUAAAAAUAGAAAGUGCGGACUCUAUACCAAAUCUUCAUUCGAUAAUUAUUGCAUCUGACGGGGCAAUGAUUGCUCGUGGAGACCUUGGAGCAGAACUUCCAAUUGAGGAAGUUCCUUUAUUGCAGGAGGACAUCAUUAGAAGGUGUCACAGUAUGAAGAAACCAGUGAUUGUAGCAACCAAUAUGCUGGAGAGCAUGAUUGAUCAUCCUACGCCAACCAGGGCAGAAGUUUCUGACAUUGCAAUUGCAGUAAAAGAAGGUGCUGAUGCAAUUAUGCUUUCUGGAGAAACUGCCCAUGGAAAGCAUCCAUUGAAAGCUGUUAAAGUAAUGCAUACUGCGGCUUUAAGAACUGAGUCAAGCCUACCAAUUAGCACUUUUCCUCCAAUUCAAUUGAGGGCCAAUAAGAGUCAUAUGGGGGAAAUGUUUGCUUUCCAUUCCACAACUAUUGCAAACAGUCUCCAAACACCCAUCAUUGUUUUCACGAGGACAGGAUCCAUGGCUGUGCUUUUAAGUCAUUAUCGGCCUUGCUCAACAAUAUUUGCCUUCACAAAUGAAGAAAGGAUUAAGCGGAGGUUAGUGCUUUAUCAUGGUGUCGUCCCCAUAUAUAUGCAGUUCUCAAAUGAUUCGGAGGAGACUUUCUCAAGAGCAAUAAAGCUAUUAGUAGCUAAAGGUCUUUUAAAAGAGGGGCAGUUUGUUACUCUUGUACAAAGUGGUGCGCAACCAAUCUGGCGUCGAGAAUCUUCUCACCAUAUCCAAGUUCGUAAAGUUGAAAGUUGAUUUUGAACCUCUGAGGAGUUUUCUUUCUCUUUUAGUUUCUUUUAUUCAAAUUGAAGUUUCAGUUUAAGUAGUUUACAUCUUGCGAACACUUGUUCCAAGUUCCAAUGAAAGGGUAGAUCAAAUGAACUUCGUAAACGAUAAUGUGAAGGAGUUGUGUCGUUACGAAUUUUAGAUGUUUCAAUAGUGUCCUGUAAAAUUUUGGAAUUAUUUGUUUGUGUUUCUAGGUAUAUUUGUACACAGAAAUCUAUGGAUCCAGAUCUGUAAAUCUAUGCCAUUUCGAGCCAUAACCUCUCUUUUUGAAUGCAAUUUUCCUUUUUCUA